AUGAAAAUCCAGAGAAAUCUUGAUGGGCUCAAUUCCCUCAGGAUUCUUCUCCAAUCAGGUUGUGCUGUCCAUCCCAACACCAUUCCCUAUUUCGAUCGAGACUUCCCCGAAGACAUAAACCAAGAGGUUCACAACACCUUUUGGGAUGCUCUGAGGCACAGACGUGACAGUCUAAAACUACUUGGCUUGAAACACCUUCCCAGGAGCUUGGCCUUAGACCUUGGACUUUUUGACGAGAGAACACUCGAUUACCAUGCAGCUUCCUGCUUCGAGGCUCUUGAAAAUCUAGGAAUUGAGGUCCCCAAGGCCCUGGAUCCCAGAAUUCCGGCUUGGGUUAAGGUCCCGUGGCAUGUUGAAGCGUGGUGUUACCACACACGCCCGCCCGUCAGUCGUGCGGUUCUCGAUGUUCUCUGGGAUCGAGGGUUCCGGGACAUGGAUCAGCUGGAUAAGGAUGGAGUGCCACCCUUUAUGACCGAUGUUUUUACGCUUGGCAAUUUAGAUUAUUGUUAUUGGUUUGUUGAGCAUGGUGCGGACAUAUGGGCCCCAUUAUGUCAACGACAAUGCAGUAAUCCGCGGGAGUCGGAUGACAUACGGACACCGGCGCAUUUCUUGCUCGCAAAAAUCGGCAGGUGGUUUCGACCGACUCGCUUUGCUAACGAAGACAGUGUCUAUGGAGACUCUUACGAUGAUGGGUCUUACCAGAGCGCCCCCGCUAUCACAGCAUUCUGCUCCCGUUACGACCCGCGAGACGCUUGCGUAUGCCCUUGCACUGAAAACGGCUGUACUCCAUUCGACUACUUUUUCAAAUGGAUAGGCAAUGAAGACGACUAUCCACGACCGCAACCCCCUGAAUGGAUUGCCUCUAGUCUCCUUGAUUCUGUCCAAGAUCUCCAGAUAAACAUGUUGGGAGGCAAUGGCAGCAAGGCGAUUCGGAUGCUCACUUUUCGAGCGCUCCAAUUGCCACACACCUGCUGCGGGAUUCCUCUCGCUAAAGGAUAUUGGUGCGAAGGAACGGCCCUGUUGCCCGAGGACGCCAACGAGAUCAAUGAAGCUCGGGCCGAGUCGCUAGACGUUUUCGAGGCACUCGUUGAGGAUCUCACGCGCCGGUACGAACGUGACGACGGCGACGGCGAGCCGUUUGGGGUUGCAAAAGCCGACGAGUUCUGGCUCGACUGCUGGGUGCCUGGCGUCCAACGUGUAUUGGCAGAGCUGGAAAGUCGAGACUUGACGCAGGAGGAGAAGGAAGCGGCCGAGGAGAUUGGCGUUGUUUGGUACGGCCCUCAGACGGAGACACCUCGUGAUCCAGACGAUGGGGUGACGAUGGAAGCGUUUCAGGACAUGUUGCGGGCAAUAACUCGAGAUAUUUAG